AUGACAAUCACCUCACAUCUUCAACAUUUGAUUGUACAAAGUUCCGGUAACGUUGAUGGCAUGAAGGUACCGUCGGUAUUGUUGGAAGUGGACGGUGAACCUAUUUUCCUAAAAGGACGCGUCCUCCAAUACGGCCAACGGGAAGGUGUCCUGGAAGCAUUACAAAAAAUGAAGCAGGAUGGUGGCGAACCCGAUCGUCGUGGUAAUAAAAAGUAG